AUGAUAUACAUAUAUGAUGAUUAUAAACCGAACCGGCGUUGGGGAAUAUUACCACCAAAUGGGGCAACAACAUAUGUGGGAUUUCAUCAUACAGAAGCAGAGUCAGCAUUGGCAAUUGCAUAUAGCGAUUCGUGCAGAGAUUCCAUGGCAUUGUGGGAUGAAAAAGUCGAAGCGUACGGCUUAGAUGUGAAAUUUGAAGAUACAUCAUGUAAUUGUAUCUAA